AUGGAAGAUGAAUCUAUUGUACACUGUCUGGUGUCUUGUAGAGUGAUUGAGCAGGUAUGGAAUAGAGUGGGUAUUGGAACAAAAGCAACACAGGGCAUGACUUUCUUAGAAUGGGUGAUCAAAUGUUUUCAGAGAUAUGAUUCAGAGACUCAGUGCCUAUUGUCUACAGUUUGUUGGGCCUUAUGGGGAGCUCGAAACAAUGCAGUUUGGAAUAACAAAUUCACUGGUACUUCUAAUAUUGUUGGUUCUGCAAAAGGAUUCCUUGACCAUUGGAGAAAUGCUCAGAAAUCUGAUUUUGAUUCAUCAUCUUCGACGUUGGAGAGGGGGGAUGGAGCUGAGCAAUGGACUGUUCCUAGAUUACACAGUGUCAAGGUGAAUGUGGAUGCAACAAUUUUCCAGGAGCACCAAAAGUUUGGGGUCGGUUUUGUAGCUCGUGAUGACAAAGGCAUGUUACUAGAAGGAGGCACUCGCCUUUAUCAUGGAAGCAUUGAUCCAAUUUUAACAGAAGUGAUGGGGAUGCGCGAGGCCCUGAGCUGGAUAAAAUCGAAACAAUGGCAUCAAGUAUAUGUGGAGUCUGACUGCCUAGUGAUUGUUCAAGCUAUACGAAGUACCACUGAGAUGAUCUCUCCUUUUGGGAAGAUUAUAAACGAUUGUAGAACCUUACUUGGUGAUAUGCAAAAUGUAGUUCUUUCUUUUGUUAAACGGUCAGCUAAUAUGGUUGUUCAUGACUUUGCUAGAGCGUCCAUUUUGUAUCCUGAUCGUCUGUUCAGUCUGGGGGAUGUCCCAGCUGAUUUGUUGCCAACAUUGGUAACUGAAUUCCAUGGUUAA